AUGGUCCAGUGGACCAUCCCGAUUGAACUGAUUGCAAGCAGGAUUAUUGCACUGAAGGCAGACAAUGGAUGUUUCUGGAGUGUAGUUAAUUAUAGUGACAGAGACAAUAUUCAAGCCACAAAAUCCAGCCUUGACUCCAGCUGCAAGUUUUUGGUGCUUCCCGCUUCAGGUGGAAAAGUUUAUAUUAAGACUUCUCAAAACAAGUACCUUAGCCGUAUUCACCAUGGUGGCAUUGACUACAUAGAGCCAGUCAAAGAUGUACCAGAUGUUUACUGUGAGUUCCAUUUGCAUCAUCAGGAUGAGAAAGUACUUUUUAUGGCUAACAAUGGCAAAUAUUUAAGUCGCUUCCACCGAUCUGGCAUAGACAACAUUGAAGCUGGCAAAGAACAAGUUGACAAGCACUGCCUUUUUGAAGUGGCUGAAUAUCAGAUUAAAAGAAUUGCACAAGAGAUGAUUGCAAUCAAGGCAGAAAAUGGAAAUUUUUGGAGUGUAGUUAGUUGCAGUGACAGAAACAAUGUUAAACCAGCAAAAGCAAGCCUAGAUGUGUUCUGCCAGUUUUCAGUGUUUCCAGCUUCAGAAGGAAAGGUUUACAUCAAGACCCCUCAUGGGAAGUACCUUAGCCGUAUCCACCAUAAUGGCAUUGAUUUCAUAGAGCCAGCCAAAUCUAUUCCAAAUGUUUCCUGUGAGUUUCAACUGUUUAUCCAUGAUGGCAAAAUAUUUCUUAAGGCUGACAAUGGCAAAUAUUUGGGUCGCAUCCAGCGGGGUGGCGUAGACAACAUUGAAGCUGCAAAAGAACAAACAGAUGAGUACUGCAUGUUUGAAGUGGUUGAAUUUAAGGUAGCUCCCUUUGGGGUAUUGGAUCUUUUCUUAAAUUACUACACUCCUAUAGCAUUCAGAACGGAUUCAGGAUGUUACUGGAGUAUUGUUGAUGUUGAUGUGCAGGAUACUGACAGUUGUAACUCUGUAAAAAGACUCAAAGCUCCACAUUCAGCUAUGACUUCCUCUGCUAAAUUCUUUAUUGAAAAGGGUUCUUCUGGAAGUAUCCUUCUCAAAACUCCACAGAACAAAUACCUGAGCCAUAUCCAUCGUAAUGGUAUUGACUACAUAGAAGUCACUAAAGAUGUACCAGAUGUCUUCUGCCAGUUUUUGGUGAUUCAGUCCUAUAAAAUGGUUCUUCAGGCUGACAAUGGCAAAUAUCUGAGCCGUAUCCAUCGUGGCAGUGUAGACACAAUUGAAGCAGUUAAACAAGAUAUUGAUGAAUUCUGCUACUUUGAUGUGGUUCCAUUCAAUAAAUAAUCAGUCUGGAAGA